GCCGAGGAGGGCUUUGAGCAAGAGGGGGGAGACAAAACCGGCCAGCGGUGGCCGUCCAGCGCAUUGGAGAAGGAAGUGCUGCCGUGGGCCACUCCUCCUCGCCAUUUCCUCUCUGCGGUUGGGUUUUUAUACAGACGAGAGAGAAGGAAGCAGAGGAGCAGCAGGGUCUGUCUGAGACUGGAGUCUGGACUCGUUGGCUGAAAGGAAGCAUCAGCAGCUGGUCCGGAGGGAGAUACUCUCCUGCCACCAUUGCCUUCGCGUGGGCAGGGACGGAGCCAUCCCUGGAGCUGUAGCACUUGGAGGUGGUCGUGCUGUUCUUCGUGGCUACAUCUAUGCCUGGAGAUCUGUUUUCUCCCAAAGACAUCCUUGCUGGAUCUGUGACUCUUGUCAUCGUGUCCUACUGCUGGUGCUCAUCCUCUCCUCUUCCUCGCCGACCGAGAAAGAAGAUGAUGUGAAGGGGCUGUAAGAACCAGACGAGAUGGAUGGAGAUCUACCCAGUGCUGAGGUGGAUGGAGAAGCAUCCUCUGCCACGGAGGAUGUGGGAGGAGAGAUGCCUUGCGUGGUGAGCCCUGAAGAUGUUUCCUGUGUGGAGAGCCCUGCAGAAGGAGAGAUGCCCCAUGCUGAACCCAACACAAAAGAGGAGGAGCCUUGUGCUGAGAGCAGUGUGGAAGGAGAACUGCCCAGCACUGACAGCAGUGGGGAAGGGGAAGUGCCCUGCGCCGAGAGUGAUGCAAAAGGAGAGGCAUCUUGCUAUGAGAGUGAUGGGGAAGAAGUACCCGAUACUGAGAUCCCUGCUGCUUCGAAGAAAAUGUCUUCUAUUUCUUCUCCCUUGCGGGCAGUCAUCCGCCUGCGCCGACAGUACUGGCUGCACAAGAAAAGCCGUCUGCAUUUAGAGCUCCCUCGAGAAAAAUCUUCAGAGCUUGUCCAUACGAGGCUGCUUCAAAGGCAGCUUUCCUUGAACCGAACUAGCCUGUAUGGCCCUUCCAUGUCCUUCUUUAAUCAGUCCAGCUUUGAAACUUCCCGAUACUUCACCUUUGACACAUCUGUGGAGCAAUGUGCUAUGAAAAAAUGCAAGCGGAAAAAGAAUCGAAGGAAAUCUAGGAUAGUCUUGUAUCCAGAUAAAACAAAAAGAUACCUUCCAGCAGAGGAGAAGAGCAAGGCAAAACGCUGCCUCCUCUUGCUCAUUGUCAUUAUCUUCUUCCAGAUUCUAAAUGCUAUAGAGAACCUGGAUGAUAACCUCCAAAAAUAUGACCUAGACGGGUUGGAGAAAACAAUGCACCGGGAAGUAUUUGGGCAGAAGGUUGCGGUGGAAAGUAUUAUGGAAUUACUGAAAGACUAUUUGGCUACCCACAUACACAACAAGCCUCUAGUAAUCUCUUUAACUGGCCCGCCGGGAGUUGGGAAGAGUCAUGUUGGCUGGCUGCUGGCCAAACAUUUUCGUUCCAUCAUGGACAAUGACUUUGUGCUUCAGUACUUUGUUAUGCAUCACUGCCCCAGUGGGGUGGCUCCUCUUACUUGCGAAAUAGAUUUGUCUAAGAAGAUUUCUGACAUGGUUACAAGAGCUGAAAUAGAAGAGAAGAUACCAUUGUUUAUCCUGGAUGAGGUUGAACUCAUGUCUCCAGUCCUGCUGGAUACUCUCAGCCGAUUCUUUGAGCCCAAUCAAACCAAUGAGUUCCUCAAUGCCAUCUAUAUUUUAAUAAGCAAUAUAGGAGGUAGUGAAAUAACGAAGUUCGUUAUCCAGAAUGCAUCCACUGAGCUUCUGCAUCAGCAAAGGGGACUUGAAGAACUGCUGAGCAUCGUCCAGCCCAUACUGAUCGAUGCCCACCCUCUCUGGAAAUCUGCAGACAUCAUCCCAUUCGUUCUUCUGGAGAAAAGUCAUGUGAUAAACUGCUUCCUAGAGGAGAUGAGGAGGGAAGGGCUGUAUCCCGACCAGAAACAUAUUGAAAAUUUAGCCAGUCAGCUCAGUUACUACACUACAGGGGACAAACAGUACUCAAGGAUGGGCUGCAAGCAGGUUGUGGCCAAAGUCAACCUGCUGUAGUGAUCUACUGAAGAGGCCAAGUCCUGCUUUCAGGAUUUUCUCACUUCUGGGCCUAUGGAGGAGUACAUUACAGCAAGCUGUGGUCACAGUGUCCUCUCUCAGGCCUCCACUGGUUGAGGCAGAGUGAUGACAGCCUGAGUUCUUCUGCAAUGUGGUCUCCGUUCUCCUCUGGAUGCUUCAUUUAUUCCUCACGUUCUGUGAAUGAGGCAUGGGCAAUGAAGCCUAAGCAACCUCCCAUUAAUGGUGAGAUGCUUUGUUCCUCGUAUGCUCGUUUGGAAUAAGUUGUCAUUAAAGAGUUGUGAGAUGGAACAGACGCUGUGGGAUAUAAACAGGAGGAGGAAAUAGUUUAACUGGUUACUGUCCCUGCAGUACACAUAGCCAUGUCUCACUCCCUCUCCAGGCUCACAGUCUUCAGCUCUUUGCUUUUCCUGGUCCUGCUGGUGAUGUGCAGAGCAGAGGCCGUGCUGGACGCCUGGGAAAGCUGAGAAAAUUUCUGGCUCUCAUCCCCAAAAGCGUGGGCAGUCAGAGCUCCACUUUCUCCAGCUCCUACAUGACCAUGUGCUCCAGAGACUCCUUUUUGGACCUGUUCCUGAGCUGUUGCUCUUCUGAGCUCAUACCUGAGCUCACCUUUGGCACCUCCAGCAAGAUUUCUGCCCUCCAAGUCUGUUCGGACUCGCCUUGAAGGCUGCUUGGCUGUGCCAGUCUGUGGAGCAAUCACUGCUGGAUUGUUUCAGGUCAGGGGGAGGCAACUCAUCCUGAGAGCUCUUCUGCUCUUUUCCUUCUGGGUACACUUCACCACGCUCAUUAUCUAGAAAGCCCAAAAUAGCAACUGACAUAUAUUAAGCAACACACACUGGAAAAGACAAUUUAGGCUGUCUGGGCUGCCUGCAGUGGAGAUCCUGGGCUUGUUCGCAGUCCUGUGAGGCCAAGAAGAGGUUCUUUGACAUUGAGACCUGAAGCACCUCAUGGAAAACACAUCCUUGUUUUGCACAGGCAAACAGAGCAGGCAUUUGUGACAUUGCUCUUUCAGGUUUUGGUUUUGUGCCUAAACCCCUUCUACAAUUUGCUGUGAAUUACCAUAUCCAUAAUCCCAUGGAUGUUUGCACUGGCCAAAUUGCCUCUUUCUAAUUGUUGGUCUCCAAAGACUUCCAUCACAAACUCCUGUUUUCAGAGCUAUUGUCAGGAAUAAAUCCAGACUAUCCUGAAUAAAAUCA